AUGAAUAUAACAAAAGCAUUAUCAGCACUUGUGUUCUCGUCGCAAGAGGAGACGAUUAUGGAUCAUACAUUUGAAGAAGUCAUAAAUUUUAAUACAAGUAUAACUAUGCCAUCGAAUUAUAUUGAUUUGCAUCGUUUGAUUAUACGCUGUUUCAGUUUAUAUGCACUCGUACUUGUUAUUAUUGGAACAUUAGGUAAUGCGUUAACAAUAAUUAUAUUAUGUCGCCGAAAUUUAAGACGUUAUGUUACAAUGAGAUAUUUAAUUGCUGUUAGUGUAUGUGAUAUUAUAUCAUUAUAUGGUUGGAAUUUGAAUAAUUUUUAUAAAUUUACAAUUAGUACUACGAAUACUAAUCUAGAAGCGAUAUCUUUAGUACAUUGUCGUGUUAUAUCAUAUUUAACAUUUGUUGGUUUACAAUUAUCAAGUUGGUGUUUAGCAGCUGUUAGUUUAGAUCGGUGUUUGAGUCUUUAUUUUCUAACAUGGAAACAAAAUUGUGGAAAAUUAUCUCGUACAAAAUAUCAUAUAGGUAUAUUAACCAUAUUUUGUUUACUAUUAAAUUCUCAUAUAUUAUUUCUAAACGGUUAUCAUAAUGAUCAAUCAAAUCAUAAAGUCGAAUGUUAUACAACACGAAAAAAUCGUUAUUAUAUAUUUCCUCAAUGGGAACGUGUUCAUUUAGUUGUAUAUAAUUUAUUUCCAUUUAUAAUAAUGCUAUCAUGUAAUAUCUAUAUAAUCUAUAUAACAAUUCGCUCGGCUCGUAUUCGUACAAUAAGACAACGUAAUACAAUUGGAAAACCUUUACGUUCAAGUGCAUCUCGUCAUAGACAACUAUCAUUAAUGUUAAUAAUUGUUACAUUUGCUUUUGUAUUGUUAACAUUACCAUCAUGUAUUUAUUUUGUUUUUUUUCGGCAUCGAAUGUCAUCAAAAGCAUAUUCUCGUAGUUAUCGUUAUAUGAUACAAAUAUGUUUAAAUAGUAUACAAUUUACAUCACAUGCAAUAAAUUUCUUUUUAUAUUGUUUUUCGGCAACAAAUUUUCGUAAUGAAUUAUGGGAUUUUAUAACAGAAAUAUGUCUUUAUCGAUUAAAUGGUUUUAAAUCCAAUAAAUCACCAUCAACAACAAGAACAAUAAGAUUAACAAGAUUUAGUAGAAAUACUCGAAAUAAAAAGAAAUUUCAUACUGAUGUCACAUUGGAAUAUCAACAAACAGGAUAUCAACAUGUAUUAAAUGAAGUGCAAGAAAAAUUCAAUAAUCAAGAAUUAAAAGAAAAUCUUGACUGUGAUGAUCUUAGCACUUCGAAUAAUAUAAGUUAA